UGUUUGUUCAACUAUAUAUCUAAUGAUUACAUCGUGAAUAUCAUGUCUGUGGAUGGCGCCAAUAUUAUCAUUACGAAAGUGUGUUUAGCAGUUUGCAACCCCUGCCUUCGUUACGCCGCGCCGCGCCGUGGCUUUCGAAGAGGAUAGCGGACGACAGCCUCGCAGCGGCCGGUGUUCGCGAUAAGCAGUGCAAAUUUAACGUUGCACUCUGUUGCCAAGAGGCAGAUAACAAUUUACGCGUUAAUAUAUUAGCCGACGUGCGUAUCUUUACGAGGGCGUGCGGUGCAAACAUUUCCAACUAAGACUUUGACAGCGCAAAUGUCGGUAAUGGUCAUUAACCUCGCAGCCCCGGGUAAGCGGCUUAAGGUAUAAAGGGUUGUCGCUCAUCCCGCUCGAUUACUCCGUUGAGAGAACUCGACGCUAUGGAAGUGACGCACUUCGUGUAUCUUCUCGUCGGUUUGAGCACGCUGUUAGUGCACGCUGAAAGGAAUGCCGAAGCCACCGAGGCACCGAUCACCGAAGAUCAGCAGAAGGUGUACGAUGAAUGCCGGAAUCCAGACUACAAAAAAUACGUAAAGUGUUUAAUGAGGCCAAAGAGACACGGUCAUCACACAAACCACGGAGACGGGCCGGAAACUGAUGCCACUUGUCUGGAAACGUGUCUAAAAAAGUGCGAACAUCACUUGGAUCUCGAUUGCGAAAAAAAAUGCGGCUACUGCACGAAAAGAACUAGGCAUAGACAUCAGAUCAUUACGGAAUACGAGACGGAAUGCGAAUCGGGAAACUGCAGUCCAUCUAAUGGCGGAUUAAGGACUACUAACAUAACGACGAACAUCGGCAUUAAUAAUGUCAUUAAUCCUUUCGGGGACGGUGGUGGUAAUGUUACUGGACUCAAUAUUUUUGCAAAUGGUACUAGGUGGGGUUUUCCUCCAGGAGCCUGCUGUCCACCUGGAGGUCCUUGUCGUCCUGGUAGUCCGCCCUGUUAUCCUGGAUCAAUACCAUCGCUUCCUAUAGUACCUCAAAUCUCGUUAGUACCGCAAAUUACAUACGGAGUAGGAUUUGGAGCCGCAGGUGGUUGCGCGUACAAUCAGUGGCUUUGUAUUCAACAAACUGGCGUACAGUUUCCAAGCGUGCAGCCCGAUUGCUCUGGAUGCGGCAAUCCUGUCUUACGCUACAAGUGUGACGUAAAUUGUUACGCAAUUUACAACACAGCAACUAAAACAUCUUGUAAAAGUCCGGAAUGUAUUGGUGGUUCCACGUAAAAAUAUGGAUUUAUUAAAGGCGAUUACUAGAAACGAAGAAUAUUU